CUGCCCCAGAGGGGGCGUGGUCAGUGGGAGGCGGGGCCGGGCGGCCAUGGCGGUGUGGUGUGCACAUGCGGCGCAUUCCCAGCAGCCCGUGUCUUGCCUUUCCAUCCCUGCGGUGCCUGAGAGGAAGAGGCUGAUGGAUGAGGGCAGUGAACCCCUGCUCGCCGCCAGUCUGCUAUGAUAGUUACAGAAUUAAACCUGGAUUGUGCUCUAGGAUUUAGUGGAGGAAAUAUUCAUAUUAGGAAAUGGCUGAAGCAGCUUUUCAUCCCCCAAGAAGGAAAAGAAGGGUUUUUGAGGCGUAUGAGUCUCCUUUUCCUGUGGAUGUCGGUGGGAAGGAUUUCAGAAUAUGCCAAGCUGAAAUCAUUAACAACAAUGUCAUCGUGAGGAACCCUGAAGACAUUGAACAGCUUUAUAACAAGGGCUAUUUUGGAAAAGGUAUCCUUUCAAGAAGUCGGCCAGUGUAUAGCAUCUCGGAUCCUUCACUGGUUGCUAAGUGGCAAGGUGCUAAUAUAAACAUGCCUAUAAUUACGUCUAAAAAGUACCAGUAUCACGUGCAGUGGGCUAAAAGUAUUUUGCAAGAGCAAGGAUUGGAUGACUGCUCAGUUACCGAAAUUCUUGAAAAUAUCACUAAGCCUCUUGAGCUGCCAGUUUUGAAAGAGGAUGGAGCUGAACAAACCAGUAACAGUUGCAACAGUAUAGGCCCAAAUACAGAAAAUACAGAACUUUCCAGACCAUCUUCUGCAGAUACUGGAAAUGUAGUAGCCCUCAGCCCCGAGAAUCAGAAUGGAGGCCAAAAGAAAGCCCGACUGGAGGGAGAUCCAGCAUUCAAUCCUGUGGCUGUAUGUGACUCUAAAGAACAGGAACAAGGCAACUCGAAAGAAAUAGCUGAAGCGUCGUGCCAGAGGCAUGCAAGCAGCUUCUGCAAGUCUAAGGAGAGUGCCAAGCAAAGGUCUCAUGAGGUGAUCAUGUCAAAAGAAUAUGCUCCAGAAUAUGUGUUGGUGCAAGAGGAAGAAGAAGGUAGCUCAUGUCUUGAAGAUGGCUCUGCUCAGGCACAAGAAAAUCUUGUCAAGAAGGAAAAACUAGUAUGCAGAAGAAAUCCAUUUAGGAUUUUUGAGUACUUGCAGCUCAGCUUGGAAGAGGCUUUCUUCUUGGUGUAUGCACUGGGAUGUUUAAGUAUUUAUUAUGAUGAGGAGCCCUUAACUAUUUUGAAGCUGUGGGAAUUCUUCAGUGAAGUGAAGCCUGAUUUUAAAACGACUUACAUGGCAUAUCACUACUUCCGCAGCAGUGCAAACUCCAGUGCCAAGGAUGAAUUCAGUCAUGGGAGAGAAGGCUUUGCUACUUGCAGCUGGCAAAAGACCUCUUUGGCUAGAGUAGUUAGCAAUAAAGUGCUGUAUCGAAAAGGUCCCCCCUUCUAUCAUGCAAGUUACUCUGUCAUUGCUGAAUUAGUCGAUGAUAACUUUGAAGGUUCUCUUCGCAGACCACUCAGCUGGAUGUCCUUGGCUGGGUUGAACAGAACAACAGCUAAUGCUUCUAAGGAGCUGAUGUUAUGCUAUUUGAUUAAACCGUCUGACAUGACUGAAAAAGAGAUGUCAACACCAGAAUGUAUGAAAAGAAUUAAGGUUCAGGAACUGAUUGUCACUCGUUGGGUUUCCUCCCGUGAGCGCAGUGAGAAAGAUGAAUUUUGACUACAUAGGAAAAGCUUUGUUAUUUUAAGACCACAUCUUGUUUUUUUACCUGAUCUUCUCAUGCUGAACUGUUGCU